UUCAUUUAUACAUAUUUAUUCUCUUCCUUAGAGAGAGAAACAAAAACAGAACUCUCUAGAGCCAUCAGCCAUGGCAAGACCAAUCAGCUCAAUUUACUUCAUCCUCUUCCUAUUUGCCGCUUCUUGGAUCAUCGCUGCUAAAUCCGACGAUUGCGUCUACACAUUGUACGUAAGAACCGGAUCUAUCAUAAAAGCAGGAACCGAUUCAAAUAUAACUGUUACCCUUUACGACGAAAAUGGAUGGGGAAUCCGAAUCAACAACAUAGAGUUAUGGGGUGGAUUAAUGGGUCCAGAUUUCAACUAUUUCGAAAGGGGUAAUCUUGAUAUUUUCAGUGGUCGUGGACCAUGUCUUGAAGCUCCGAUCUGUGCUUUAAACUUGACAUCUGAUGGUUCUGGUUCUCAUCAUGGAUGGUAUUGUAACUAUGUUGAGGUAACCGCUACUGGGCCACACAAAGGAUGCUCACAGAAGACUUUCACGGUUGAACAGUGGCUGGCUACAGAUACGUCUCCUUAUGAACUCACUGCUAUAAGGGACUCUUGUGGUGGAUCAGAUGGUGUUAAGAGCCGCAAUGGGAAUAGGGUUCAUGUGAUUAAUGGUAGAGAUGGGGUUUCUUCAAUGUAAGUACAAUUAUCUAUUGUAAUGUUUGUUCUAUUUUGGGAAAGUCUUUUCUGAUUGGUGAGUUUUGUGGCUUUGGAUCCGGCUGAGUUGUGGGUGUGUUGCAUCUUCUUGUGAAGGCUAUUUUCAUUUGCCAUUGAAUAAAGAAUGAUUAUUAAUUUC